AUGUCUCUCCCCACCACUUCACGAGCAUGGUCCGUCCGCGACACCCACAACGACUUCGAUGGUCUUGUUCUGAAAGAGAACGUUCCUCUUCCGAAGCUCGGCGAGCGUGAUGUGUUGAUUCAGAUUGAAGCUGUCUCUCUCAACUACAGAGAUCUGGCCAUCCCAAGAGGACUCUACCCGUUUCCCAUGAAGACACCUGUUGUUCCUGGCUCCGACAGUGCCGGCAUCGUUCUUGCCGUUGGACCCAAGGUUACCAGGGUGUCAAAGGGUGACCGAGUGUGCACACUCUUCAACGAACACCACCAGACGAGCCCCAUUACUCCUGAGGCUGUUGGAAGUGGCCUCGGCGGUGCGGUUGACGGCACACUGCGCGACUACGGCGUCUUUGGCGAGCACUGUCUUGUCAAGGCCCCAUCCUCUCUCAACGCCGUUGAAGCUAGCACUCUGACAUGCGCUCCCCUCACCGCAUGGAACGCCUUGUACGGACUGCAGUCAAAGGCAAUCAAGGCCGGCGAUUGGGUCUUGACACAGGGCACUGGUGGCGUCAGUCUUGCAGCUAUUCAGUUUGCCGUUGCUGCCGGUGCAACUGUCGUCUCUACGACCUCCACAAGUGACAAGGCCGACGCCUUGAAGAAGCUGGGAGCUUCCCACGUUAUCAACUACAAGGAGACCGCCAACUGGGGCGAGGCUGCCCGAGCUUUGACUCCUGGAGGCUUGGGAUUUGACCAUAUUCUCGAAAUUGGCGGUGCCGCAAGCAUCGCUCAGUCGCUCAAGGCCAUUAAGCUGGAGGGUGUUAUUACCAUCAUUGGUUUCCUUACUUCGUCGGACAAGCAACCCCCUCUGAUGGAUGCUCUCAACCACCUCUGCAUUGUCCGUGGGAUUUUCGUCGGCUCUCGUCAGCAGUUUGAGGAGAUGAACCGGGCGAUUGAUACUGCAAAGAUUCGCCCCGUGGUCGACUCUAACCUCUUUUCUUUUGAGGACAUCAAGAAGGCUUACCAGUACCAGUGGGAGAGCAAGCACUUUGGAAAGGUUGUUAUCCAGGUUGGAAACUGA